GUCAAAGUUUGAGACGUGAUUUCAUAUAAUUUUUAUUGCAAUAAGAAGGACAGAAACUAUUUGAUUUUUCUACUGUGUAAUUGUUCAGUGAUUCUCGUUCUUUUUAUUUGAUGUUUUUUUUUUUUUUAUACUGAACGAAGUUUCUUCAAACUAUACAUUAACAGAAAAUAGGACAAAUUGAAAUUCGUCAAUUUCCAUUGGGGUCGAUAAAAUGGAUACGAAAAUUCUACUGAUUGGAGCUUUUUUUUUACUUCACUCAGUGAUGACCGUUGAACUGCCAGUGUUAACGAAAUCAGUGCCUAGAGAUACUAGAUCACUGCAACCAAUAACAACCGGUGAUACGUGGAGUUUCAAUUCAUUCUUCAGCUCACUGCGUAAUUACUUCACUUACAAUACGGAACCGUCGAAUCAACUCUCUUCUGAUCAUGCUUCUACACACGCAAGUUUUGACUUCCUAACUCCGAACGUGCAAUUCCUACAUCGGCCACCGGUAUCGGCUGUUUACAUCACACCAGGACAAGGGUUCACUGAAAAUGUCUCGCCACGGCGAACCAACCAGAGCUGUGGAGGUGAAUCGUCCAAGCUAUGCCGACGCACCAGCUAUCGUACUAUAGACGGAUCUUGCAACAACCUUGACAAUCCCACGUGGGGUAUGGCGCAAACGCGUUACGCCCGACUAUUACCACCAAUAUAUUCAGAUGGUAUAUGGACACCGGCCUUAGCGAAAAGUGGAAAUCCAUUGCCUCGUUCUCGACUUCUCAGUCACACAUUAUUCCCCGAAAUGAGGAUCAAGGAUCCACAAUGGACGCUUGCUACUAUGCAGUGGGGUCAAAUUAUUACUCACGAUAUGGCUGAGCUGGGAACUUUAUCCAUGUUCCAUGCUCCAAGUGGCCCAUGCUGUACAAACAACAAUCGUCUCGCCCAAAACAAUUUCAACGAUCCAACGUGUUUUCCGAUCGUUGUAGGUCCCGAAGAUCCGGAUUAUACAAAUCAACAAUGUUUAACUUUCGAGCGUGCUAUAACUGAUCGCCUCCUCGGUUGUCCCCAGUCGAAGAGUGCCGCUGAACAGAUAACGAUGGUCACUCAGUUUCUGGAUCUUUCUCUCGUAUACGGAUCCUCAGAUCGAAAAGCUAUGAAUCUUCGCACGUUAAUAGGUGGCCGUCUUAAAACCGAGAUAAGGGGCCAAAGAGAAUGGCCACCGACCAACUCCAAUGCUUCCAUGUCAUGUGACAUCCGCUCACCAAGUGACGUCUGUUACGUGGCUGGAGAUGAUCGAGUUAAUCAAAAUACUCAACUAACAGUUCUCCAGAUUAUUCUACUUCGUGAGCAUAACAGAAUUGCUGGAGUGCUCUCACGAAUUAAUCCACAUUGGAACGAUGAGACAGUUUAUCAAGAAACGAGACGCAUUACAAUAGCCAUCCAUCAACAUAUAUCUUAUUAUGAAUGGCUACCUAUUAUUAUUGGUACCGAAAAUGUCUUGAAAUAUAAAAUAGCCUAUGAUACUGAUGAUUAUAUCGAUGAUUAUGAUCCCAGUGUUAAUCCAAGCGUUAUUAAUGAACAUUCUAAUGCAGCCUUCCGUGUAUUUCAUUCGCUUAUCGCUGGAUAUCUCAAACUCAUUAUGGAAGAUCGUUCUGCAUCGCCGAGUUUGUUGAGACUCAGUGACUGGUUUAUGAGGCCUAGCAUUAUUGAACAAGCCAAUAAUAUGGAUGCAUUGACAAGAGGACUGGCUGAUCAACCCGAACAGAUUAGAGAUGAAUUUUAUGACAGAGAGAUUACAGUCUUCCUCUUCCGAGGUAGAAAUAGUUUAGGUGGAGAUUUGAGAGCCACUGAUAUUCAGAGAAAUCGGGAUCAUGGAUUGGCAAGUUAUAAUGAUUACAGAGAUUUCUGUGGACUCAAGAGGGCCCAAACUUGGAAUGAUUUUAGUGAUACCAUUUCACCAUUGAACGUUGAUAAACUAUCACAAUUAUACGAAAUCCCUGAUGAUGUUGACUUAACGGUUGGAGGUUCUUUGGAGGAAAAUGUACCAGGUGCAUUAACAGGGCCGACUUUCAUUUGCAUUCUGAUUGAGCAGUUUUAUCGCAGUCGAGUUGGUGAUCGAUUCUGGUAUGAAUCUCCGAAUCCUGACGUUACCUUCACUCGAGAACAAUUGAGAGAAAUUCGCAAGGCAAGCAUAGGCAGGUUGUUGUGCGAUAACAGUAAUAAUGUCUUAAACAUGCAGCGACGAGCAUUUGAAAUUCCAUCAUUAACGAAUCCCAUCACAAAAUGCAGCAGUCUACCGGAAAUUGAUUUGACAUUAUGGAGGGACUUUGCACCAUCCAUAACCAUGCAUGCAACCAUGGGCGAGCUACAUCGAAACUCCCAAAACUUAAAUAGUUUGUAUAAAAAAUGAUGUUGAGUAGUGCUGCCAUUAGCUAUCAUUUUAUUGAAAUUGAUGGAGAAUGGUUACCAAUUACCAUUUUUUAAAAGUAAAUUUGUUUUUAUUAUUA